UUGAGUGGGUAAAAAUCAAAUUUUAGACAUUGGCGUUGCAUGAACAACGGGUACUAGCGACUUAGUGCGUGACGCUGGACCAGCCUCACACUUUAUGUCAGUACGACCAGAAACACGAGAACCGACGUCAUGUGCACUGAAUGUUCUGUCAUGAGUACCAUAGUGAAGGUCUCCGAGCUUGCAAAGCCCGAUCUCAAAGGUGACCUUGAAUUCACAUAUAAGGGCCGAAAUAUCCUGCUCUUUCGUCUCAUAUCCACACCCACCAACCACAACCACUCAAUCCUACAACACUUCCUUCUAAUACCUAAUCAACAACCUCCUCAACACAUCAACAGCAACAGCAACAUUCAAGAUGUACUCCAAGGCUCUUGCCCUGGCUCUCGCUCUUACCUCCGUGGUCUCUGCCGGCCCUCUCAACAGGCGCCAGGACCCUUGCCAGGACACCUACAAGUCCUGCGUCGCCUCGGGUGUUCCUGAGGUAGCAUGUGCUUGUGACCUUCAGGCUUGCCUUGGAGAGGACAAUGCCCGCGGCCGCGAGUACUGCGCUUCUGCCACUGCCACCAUCGUCCGCACAUCCACACAUGCUACACCAGUAACCACAUCGAUUCCUGGAGGCUGCAACCCUGCCCACCCUGGCUCAUGCCCUUCUUCAUACUUCCAGACAUCCGUCGUGGCUCCUACUCCUACUAGCAUUCCUGGUGGCUGCAACCCUGCUCACCCGGGAUCUUGCCCUUCAUCGUACUUCUCGACUGUCGCUACUCCCGUCGCGACUUCGAUUCCCGGUGGUUGCAACCCCGCUCACCCAGGCUCUUGCCCCACACCUUCUGCCGUCCCCGUCCCUGCUCCUGGCUCCAACCCGGUGGAGACUGACAAGACAUGGGCUGUCAACAACCUGAGCCGCUACUGCGGUGAGGGCAACUCCGGCUGCGACUACAACUUCGUCAUCGAGGCCAACGGCAAGACUGAGCGCUGCACUGUCAUCCGUAUGCCCGGCAAGGACGCUGCCACCGAGUCCUGGUCCAACCAGCCCUGCACAUCUGGCUCUCCUUACACCAUCUCUUGGGGAUAUGCUGCUCAGCCUGCCCCUGCGUUCGCUGUCAUGACCGUUGUUAACGGCAAGGAGCUUGCUUGGUUCGGUGUCUCUGAUAUCAAUGGCCAGAAGGUCACUCCCUCUAACCCCUUCGGCUCCGGCCAGUACCCCAACACCACCGCUCCUGUCUACACUUACAACUAAGUGCGUGACUGAGUAAAAGGAUAGAUGUUACGACAGCGAUAGAAGAAUGAUCUGAAUUACGAACCUCAACUUGUACAUAUGUAGACUUAGCAUACGAGCAUAGCAUAAACCUUAAUGACUACAAUCAUAUCGUUACAGCACAAGAGUCGUCUCAAUGAUAGUGAGCAAUGCGAUGACUUGAAAGUCUGAGGUUAAGAUGAGGUUGAUAAUGGUGGGGCUGGUCAGCAAGAUUGACAACAUCGCGCUAGCUUAAUCGGAGGCGCCCGUAGACCCCAGCUUGGUGUUCUUCACAACUCCUUAUCUUCACCAUCCCGUCACGUAAACAACGUCCCUAUCUGCUGGCGGCAGCUUUGCAAAAGCAAUUGCGAGACCAGGUGCUCUUCGAUCUCGCGGCUUAUGCUUCUAGUCUUGCAAUUGCUAGCAAGUCUCAUGAUGCUGUA